AUGAUGGAAUCAGAAAAUUUUCCCCUUCUAUGGCCAUUCGACGAUUUCAUGAAUCCAACUACUGAUCAGUUCGAAUCCCAUGACUUGAAUAUGAGUGGCCAUUUUAACGGUUGUGAAUUCUCUUCUUCAUUCACUACCAGGGAGGAUUCCUCUGACAUUUCCUCGGUUUCCCAUUUCUCUACAAUGUUCUCCGGUGAGGUAUUCCCAUUUCCAGCCUGUGAUGAUCAGCUUCAGGUAACAGUACCUUUGGAGGAUUUUUCUGUUGUCCCCUUGGAGGGGCUUGAGUCUAUGCUGACUGAUGGGAUUGAGGAUCUGUACAACUGUUUGGAUGAGAGUAGUGAAGAAAGUUUUCCGUCACUGCCACUGUCCUCUCAGGGGCAAGAUGUAUGGAGUCCUAGUCCAUCCGUGAGAUCUAGUGAGGCAUCAACGGAUGUGACAUCAAUGCAAUCAUCGCUUACCAUGCCAGGAGUAGCCAUGGAAAUUGAUAACCAAUUGAGCAUAUUUCAUCUACUCAACGCUUAUGGAGAAGCCAUAGAGAAGAAUCAGACAGAGCUUGCACAGGUGAUCAUGAGGUGCGUCGGUGAGAAAGCUAGUCCAGUUGGUGAAACUUGGGAACGGAUUGCAUUCAGUUUAUCUCAAAGCUUUCAAAAUCAGAGCGAUUAUCUUAUGCAAGAAUCUAGCAGGAACUUUGAGACUGCCUUCAGGGCAUUCUAUCAGAUGUUCCCAUAUGGGAGGUUUGCUCAUUUUGCUGCUAAUUCAGCAAUCCUUGAAGCCAUGCCAAAUGAUGCAAAUAUGCUCCACAUCGUGGAUUUUGACAUUGGAGAGGGGAUUCAGUGGCCUCCAUUGAUCGAGGCCAUGGCAUGGCAACACAAGACAUUGAGACUGACAUCAAUAAGAUGGGGAGAGGAAGACUUUGCUCCCUCUCCAUGGAGGUUUGAGGACACAAGAAGGCAACUUUGCGACCAUGCUAGGUCUUUAGGCCUAAAGUUGAAAGUGGAAGAAAUGGGAAUCGAAGAUUUGGCGAAUGAGCUCAAGAAAAUGAAGAAACGAGGUGGCACUAGGGAAUGGUUAGCCUUCAAUUGCAUGGUGGGACUGCCACACAUGGGAAAAGGCAAGUGCCCGAAGUUUGUAAAUCAGUUCCUGAACGUGGCUAAAGAACUGUUAGCAAGUUCUGUUCCAAGAAACAGGGGAAUCGUAGCAUUUGGUGACGGAGAUGCUUGUGCAAAACUGAAAGAUUGCUCGGGAUUCGGCACAUUCUUCGAUGGGCUUUUGAUGCACUACCAAGCUGUCUUAGAAUCAAUGCAAUCCAACUUCGCAGAGCACCUCAUGCAAGCAAGGAUGGCAAUGGAGUGUCUCUUUGUCGGACCUAGUAUCUGUCCUCAAGCUUGGUUCCAAAAAUGGAAGGAGAUAGAGGAAACUCGCCAUUUCCAGGCAGAAACAGCAUUGGAAGGAUUGAGGGUGAGCACAGAGAGAUUAAUGGAAGCUAAAGAGAUAGUGAGAGAAAAGGAAAACUUAUUUGAGGUGAGCAUUGGAGGGAACUGUGGGAAUGAGUUGGCCCUGGAGUGGAGAGGAACUACACUUGUCAGAGUGUCCAAUUGGAGACAAGAUCAGAGUUAG